UGACGAAUAGGAGUCAUAACCUUUGGACUAGCACCUCUUCGCAAUUGCAGUGCGCAGUAAUUUGACGACGGUUCGUUGUGAGUCCUCACUUGUUGCGCAAGUCAUCUUCGACCAUUUAGUCUAGUCAUGGCUGAGGAAGAGCUUUACGGAGAGGAGCUGGGUGAGGGCGAGGAACUGGGAGAGGGAGAGGGCGAUGGCGAGGAAGUAGGCGAGGAUCUUGAGCAAGGCGUUGAGGAGCUGGAGGCCCUAAAGCGCAAAUUGAAAGAAAUGGAGGAGGAGGCUGCCCGUGUCAAAGCGGCGGGUGCCGGUGACGCAGCAGGGGCAGGAACUUCAGGCGCCGCCGGUAACGCGGCGGCUGCAGCAGCUGCCGCGGCGGUGGCAGCAGCGCAAGCUGACGUGGAGAAGGCGGAGAUCGACUCCCGCUCCAUAUACGUGGGCAACGUGGACUACGGCUGCACGCCGGAGGAGCUGCAGCAGCAUUUUGCGCAAUGCGGAACCGUCAACCGCGUAACCAUCCUAACGGACAAGUUCGGGAACCCCAAGGGCUACGCCUACGUGGAGUUCCUGGAGGUGGAUGCCGUACAAAACGCCGUACUGCUGGACAACUCGGAACUGCGAGGCCGCCAAAUAAAGGUCGUCCAGAAGCGCACCAACGUUCCGGGCUUGAAGGCGGGUCGCGGGCGGGGUCGGGGUCGGGGUCCGCCCGGCGGCGGCUACUACCCGGCCCCCUACUACGGCGGCCGGGGGUACUUCCCGCCGCCGCACCGGGGCCGAGGGGGCUACCACGGAGGGGCACCCGGGUUCGCUCCUCGCGGACGUGGCCGGGGCCGCUUCUACGCCCCCUACUAGGGCGCCACUGCUGCUGCUGCUGCAGUGGCCUCAUUGGGAAGCCUGCAGGGGCCUUGCGCGCCAUGAGAGUGCGGUAUGGCAUUGAGACGUUAACUUGCGCACGUCGGCGUUUGUAGUAGAGGAGUUAAGUGGCGGGAUGUGGGGAAUAGCAUUGACGAUCGGACAACGAACACGUCCAGUAUGACAGAAAGAGACGUCGAUACACUGUUGGUUGGUUUACUCGACACAGGAAACGGAGGGAGGAUGUACGGUUGAGCAACGUGGAUGACGUUGGGUGUCUGACUGACGACACAGGCGCAGCUAACGUGCGCGCAUUACCUGUAGGAUUGUGGCAUGGUCGAUGUUGUCGUGUUGGAUUUGGUGCGUCAGGGUAUGGCUGGGUAAAGAUGCGUGCUGAAGCAGUUAAACGGUGGAGCACGUUGAGCAUUGAACCGGAAUGCGCAAGGGUGGGUUGCGAAGCUUCAGAGGGUUACCGGAAGCGUAGUUGACAACCCCUCCUUAUACGUAACAUCCCACGACUAACGUGAGAUGGGAAGUUAAGAGGAUCGGUCUUAAAACUUGGCCCCUGGUUUGUGAGAGGUACACAGCAUGGUUAGGGCUUUCCGGGGGCUGAUGCCGCAGCGGUUGCAACUGAGUUUACCGACGUACACAAGAGUGGCAGCGGUUGCGACUGGGGUUUCCGACGUACAGGACAGUAGCAUUGUGCACAAUACUGAUCGGACAAGUUAGUUGUAAGGAAAUGACCGUCCG